UUUAAAAUAUUUUGGGCAAAUGCAUCUCUUCCAGUUUUUUGCUCUACAAAACUGCAUUUCCAGAUACAGCUUCAGAUGUCCAUUUCACGAUUUCACAGAAAGCAUAAAUUCAAGAAACACCAUUUCCUCUCACAUAAAUUGCUAAAAACGACGUAAAAUUCACUUAAACCCAUUCAUUACAGCAUCGGAUGAUUUAAUCAAGUCAGCUGUGCCCCAUUACCCUGAGUAGGACGCACGAAAAUACCUUACACAAUUUCUGAAACCAUUGCUGCGGAUGGACCGAAUACGCCUACAAAUAAUAGUUCCAAUUGUUUCACAAACUGAAAAAUGGCGAUCCCACGCGGAGCCAAUAGAAGGCGGUGCCGCACGACCUCCAAAAAACACCCCAUUGGUCCAUUCAAACCCCAAAGUACCACACGACCAAUCAGAAAGCUUAGAGGAAGUUCGAGUCAAACCAGUUCCAUUUUAGCUCCGACGGCGCGCGCACGCGUUUCAAAUUUGGAACGAUUGGCAUUUAAACUCGAAUUUUCUAGCGCCUUUGAGUGUUUGUUUUUUAAAAGGUGUUUUAAAGUGUCGUUGUCUUAUUUUACGGUUAUUGUUUUAAGUAGGUUGUGUUUCGUUAUUGCAAGGAUAUUAUUUUUAGCAUUUAGCUUGUUAAAGCUGUUGUUGGCGUGAGACGGAUCUUAAUAUAGCUGUGCGCAUUUGUGUAUUGUCUGUUCGAGUUUAAAAUGAGAAAGAAGAGAAAAAAUAGAUUCACGUGCGAUUAAGAAAUAAACUCAAAACGCAUUUAAAAAUUAAUUUAUUAAUUGUGUAAGUGAACGUCAAGCCAGACAGAGACUGGGUACUAAUGAGAAAAAAAAAAAAACAUUUGAAGUGACCAAAUAUUGAUUCUAUUUACCGGUAAAAAGAAAACCAAUUCGAAAUCAAUACAAACUUCGGCGCUUUUCGAAAUCCGAAAACAAAUAAUUGCCGCUUCAAGGUGCUCGGUUUUGUUUAAACAUUUUUGGGACUGCUGCCUUCCCUGUUUAUAUAGCUGCCUUUAAAGGCUUUUUAAAAACAAAACGGUGAAACAAACACGAUCGCAUUUAAGACUUAUAAAAAACGCCUCAAACAAAUGCAUUUUAGUGCGUGUCAAAAUCGAAUUCCAAAUUCGAAUUGCAUAAGGCUCGCCAUUCUUUAACUUUGUGGAUUGUUUAGCACCGUUAAGUGGUGCUAAUUUGUAGUGUCAAAUUGUGGUGUCAAAGUGGCAGGAGACGAGCAUUUGGAUAUGUUGGGGGGCCCCGAGUGGGGGCAGCGGGAGGCCACCCCCCCCAGAGACGCUCCCCUGCCGAGUUUCGGCUUCACACAGGAGCAGGUUGCCUGCGUAUGCGAGGUCCUCCAACAAGCCGGCAACAUCGAGCGUCUCGGCCGCUUCCUCUGGUCCCUCCCAGCCUGCGAGCGCCUCCACGCCCACGAAUCAGUGCUGAAGGCCAAAGCCAUGGUGGCCUUCCAUCGAGGGAACUUCAAGGAGUUAUAUAGGCUGUUGGAAUCACAUACGUUUAGUCCACAUAACCAUGCGAAACUCCAAACCUUAUGGCUUAAAGCCCACUACAUGGAGGCAGAGAGGUUGCGCGGGCGGCCACUCGGAGCCGUCGGCAAAUACAGAGUUAGGCGCAAGUUCCCCUUACCUAGAACGAUAUGGGACGGCGAAGAAACUAGCUAUUGUUUCAAGGAAAAGUCGCGGUCAGUUCUACGAGACUGGUACAUACACAAUCCGUACCCCUCUCCUCGCGAGAAGAGAGAAUUAGCGGAGACCACAGGCCUCACCACUGUACAGGUUUCAAAUUGGUUCAAAAAUAGACGGCAAAGAGACCGACAAGCAGAGCACAAAGACAGCGGAAACCCCAACGAGAAGCAGCUCGACUCCUCAUCAGACGACGACUCCGACGCCGCGCCCACGCACGCAAUGCCCGCGCACGCGCCGCAGCCGCUCUACCCGCUCUACGACCAUCCUCUACAUCUACACUACCAUCACUCGUGACCGCACUAACUAUAGAACUAAACUUAGCGCUAGCUCUGUCUAUCGUGACCUAGCUAUCUUCAAACUCCAAGAAGAAGCAGCUCGAUUCCUGAUCAGACGACGACUCCGACGCUGCGCCCACGCACGCAAUGCCCGCGCACGCGCCGCAGCCACGCUACCCGCUCUACGACCAUCCUCUACAUCUACACUACCAUCACUCGUGACCGCACUAACUAUAGAACUAAACCUAGCGCUAGCUCUGUCUAUCGUGACCUAGCUAUCUUCAAACUUCAAGAAGAAGCAGCUCAACUCCUCAUCAGACGGUGACUCCAACGCCGCGCCCACGCACGCAAUGCCCGCGCACGCGCCGCAGCCGCUCUACCCGCUCUACGACCAUCCUCUACAUCUACACUACCAUCACUCGUGACCGCAUUAAUUUUUCUACCAAUCCUGAUCGGGCUUACAUGAGUUCAGUACCAACCUUAUAAGCAGCUAGAGAUUUAUAAUCAAAUGAUAAAGUUAGCUUAAUAGCUAACGUCUUAAUAGACGAAAGUGGAGGACCUGUGCGAAAUCGCCUUUUCAUACAAACGUAAUCCUCAUUUUCCGCUCUGGACAUUCACAUUAUUGAAAAUAUUUUGACACAAUUUGUUGUAUAUUAACCACAGCUAUGCCCCUACGUUUGAUUGUUCAAAUUUUUAAUUAUUAUAAGAGUUAGGAGCAUUUUAAAUUUUGUAUGAAUAUUGUUUUUCACUCUUAAUUUUUACAAUAAUCAAAAAAUCUAAUAAAGCCAAACGUAGGGGCAUAGCUAUGGUUAAUAUACAUCAAAUAAUAUAAAAAUAUUUUCCAUCCAGCGAGGAAAAUGAGGACUACGUUUGUAUGGAGAAGCGGCCGUCGCCUUUCGUCUGUGCAAGCUAUAACAUAUAAACGCUCGACUAUAAGCAUGUGCAUAGACGUGCCCAUUGUAAUAUACAGAUACGUAUCAGAGACGGCAUACCGCGUGCGUGUUGUGUGCCUGCUUGACUUCAACAUUGUAGUGCAUGCGUACGCGCAUGUUCUGGUCGUAUAUGGAGAAAGGAGCUGUCAAUUUCACUGUCUAUGGAUUGUCUAAUUUCAAACAAAAAGUAUUCACAUAAAAGAAGGUAGCGUCGCAGAGAGCGUCAUCUAUAAUUACCGGCCUUCCCCGUUAUUGACCGGACAUGUAUAUAUUCAAGCCAUAGAUUGACGGAACUACGUAUAUUUUAUUCAAAACCAUAUACCACCACCAUAAGCCAUAAAUCAUAGACGUAGAGGAUCUGAAUUUCGAUGUGUCAGCAUUGGCCAAGCCAUCGUUUAGUUUAAACGAAGAAUCAAUACUGAAUAUAACUACGGUGGCAUGGCAGCUUGGUUCCAUUUUUAUCGUUUGUCACUAUGCCCGUCACUUUCGCACUUACAUACUUGUUAGAACAUGACAGGCAUGGUGACAAAUGAUAAAGAGCCGACCAUCUUAGCCGGCUUAGCCCUACUGAACGCAAACAGACAAUUAGCAAAUUAUGGAGGGUAGAGAUAAGGAUGACAAUCUCUUAUGGGAAAACUGUUGCUUAAGUGUUCAGCUGGCAGCUGUAAAUAUUAGUUCGAUCUGUCCGGUGGCGCUAGGGUAGCACAAGGACAUGACAUGAACUUAGACGUUAUUGACGGAGUGAAGUGCGCUGUCAGCGAUUUGAUUAUUUUUAAUCAAAGCAAAAAUUUGUUCUCGAUGUAUUGCGCCACAUAUUUAAGGUUUUUUGAUGGACACAGUUCACACACAUAGAUUGUUAUCUUUACCCCUACCCUCCAUACGUCAAAUACACCACCCGAUCUAUGACGUAGAGCCGGGUAAAACGUAAAUUAGUUUACGCACUUACAAAAUUUGUAUUAAUUGUAUUUGUACAUUUAAUGUAAAUACAAUUAAUAUGCACUUUUAGCCAAAUAUUUGUAAUAUAAUCUUGUGUUAAGAUUAAUGUAAUAAUGUGAAGAAAAUAAUUUGAUUUUCAAAGGCAAAUUGGAAGGCUUUUUCGAGUCAAAUUGAGCCCUGGAUGGCCUGGAUACAUUUACAGAAGUUUUAUUUAAAAAAAAAGUUAAAUCUAUUUUGCCUUUUAUUCUUCGAUGUCUCUUUACUAUCAAUGUGAAAAUUAUGGCUUCCUUUUACCAUUUAUAUUAUAUAUAUUUAAAAAAAUGGAUUAGCUAUCUUGUAUACAAUUGGAUACAAUUUGCAAGCUAAAUAAUAUAAAGAAAAUAAUAAAGCUUGUUUUAAAGUUUUAAAUAAAACUAGGUUUUAGAAUGUAAUUUUGUGUACUAAUUAUGUAUUAUAAUAUGCUAAGAGUCAAAUUGUUGAAAAUAGUAAGUUUAAACCGAAGGCACAGAAAAUCAGACUUUAUGCACUUUUUUUUUCAAUAUACUCGUAUCUGCAGAUCUGUGCAGUGUAAACAAAUGAUUUUUUUAUUAAAUUUAUAUUAUUUAAGUGACAUUUUCAUUGCGAAAUUAUAAUAAUUAUAAGUAAAAUUUUUAGUAAUAAGUAUCACCUAAAUCCAAUAUUGUUAGCAUUUAAUUUAAGAGGCUAUCGACCGUCCAGUAGCACCCUCAUUAGUGGCAUUGUGUUUUCUAAUCUUCUUCUUCAGUCGGUCCCUCAAUGCUGAGGAUCGUGACAUCAUGUCCUUCUGUUGAAGACCAGAUUCCUCCAUAAGCUUCUAUUCCUCGCCAAGCGCAUGGCCUCGUGCAGUUUUAAUUGCAUAGGUGCAAUGAUUUGAGCACACCAUCUAGUAGGGGGAGGGCCCUGAGGUCUGGUGCCUUCAACUUUGCCCGGCAUAAUAACUCUCUCUAGGCUAUCCGGGGAGCGGCGUGAGAGAUGUCCGAAGUAUAUGAGAGUCACGUCCUCGCAUAUUGUUGCCAACCGGCGUUUUAUGCGUAGCUCUAACUAUUGUAUGUGUUUUCUAAUAAAUCAAUCCAAUGUUGUAGUCCUACUGAUUCCCCAACCUUUGAUAUUUGUCACAUAGUUUUAUUUUGCUUCAUAAACUAAAAGGCAAAUGGUGGCCACUGUUUUCCGUUAAGGUGAUAAAUCAAAUGUAAUUAAUAUAUAAGUCUUUGGCAAAAAAAUUACUUUUGGUACAAGCAUUUUAUCGCUGACUGUACUUUUCUCUCCAAGGGCAACGAAUACUCAUCGAGACAAGUCUAAAAACCCCAAACAAAAUUAGUUUGCGUUAAUGUAUCGCAGAGUUUCCAUGGCCACCUUCUGUCUCUAUCAUCAGUUCAGCUCAAACACAAUUUCACUUAUGAGGGCGCCACUGGACGGACGAUGCAGUCUUAAGAGGAGUAGUACAUUGUAGAAAAAGAUGGUCAGAGUCCGUUUAACCAAACUCUGCACCGUAUUUCACACGACAAAGUGUGGCUACGCCAUUAAAACGUUAUGUUUUCAUAGUAAUUUGACGUUUAUGGUGUAACUGCCAAACUCUGCCACUGCUAAGUAUGUGCUUAAUCCAACCAUACAAAUUAUCCUCCAUUAUUUUCAUGACAAUUUAAAAUAAAAAUGGAUUCUAGUAAUAUUUUGAUUUAGUUGUUAUUAAUUAAAAUUUUGGGCGGUAAAAAUGCCCAAAGCUGUUAACAUUAUACAUAGUUUUAUUUAUUAUUUGAAUGUAUUUAGAACAAUAAUUUAUUUAGUAAAACUGCGUGUCUCUUGUACUGUAUAAAUAAUUUUAAUUUAAGGACCUCGCAUGUUUGUAGUUUAUUUAUUAGUAGUUAAGUAGCAUUUUUAAACAAACGUGUGUUUUUAAUAAAA